AUGAUAUUUAGAUCUGCUGAGCGACGAAAUAGUCAUCAGCAGAAUCGAUGCGACGAAGAUAAGACCGAGUCCUUCCCAAAGGAACCCACUGCUUACAAACCAAGUGAAAACAAGAGCAAGAAGUUGCUCCAGAAGUAUCACAUCUCAUUUGAUCACUACCUUCCUCACUACAUGGUGUAUGACUUUGAGGCAACCUUAGAGAAACUUGAUACCCAAGAGGGAUGCUCUACUAAAUUCACCUCCGAGCAUAUCCCUGUCAGAGUCUCUAUCUUAGAUUCGCUAAGCGAUGAUACUGUCUGGUUUGUGGAUGAGGAUCCGCAGUCAUUGUUCCAGAAGAUGAUCGAUCACGUAAAUGCCAUCACUCCAAGCAUCUACGAGAGCAACCUUAUGAAUUUCAACCUUCAACCGAACCUUUUGAGCAGGAUAUCGCAUCUGUUGAAAGCAUGCCUCCCAAGAUUCAAGCUGCAGACCAAAAGUAUUAGUGAAGAUGAUCAAGGAAGACAGGGACCAAAGGUCCCGUGGCACCUCUGGUGCCGACCCAAAGAACGCUGUACUGUACAGGAAACUCAACCUGCUCAAGGAUCGAGAGGCUCUUGA